UCCCAACCCACACUGUUUCGAUCCAUUGGGAUUGGGUUUGCCAAACAGCACGGGCCCACGAUUGUAAUACAUCAAAUCACUCCGGCAAUCGUUUACUCGCUGGAUUACGUGAUUCACGAGAUCAUAAAGGAUUUGUGGCCACAGAUAAGGCUCUCACAGGGUGCUCUACCAACACCAUGGUGCUGCUGUAGUGGAAAGGAACACAAACAGUCACUCGCCAUGCCUCAAUUGCAAUCCAGCUGUUGGCCUGUCUGGCUCAUCUGUUGUCUCCUUUCAGUGGUACACACUCAUACUCAAAAUGACCUGACUGCACCCCAGCAGGUGAGCCUGACAGCGAACACGCACACGCAGCAAAUAUCCGUAUCCUGGCUGGGAGGCAAUGCCACAACGUUUGAUGUCAUGAUCCUCAGGACGGAACUCAAUGAAACAGUCUUCUAUGACAUGCUGCAUGUGCCUCUGAACCAGACAACUGAUCGGUACGAGUGGAAUUGGACCUCAGCAGAACCACUGCAAUGUACCUCAUUGUCUGUUAAAAUCCGCUCCAGAGAGGGCACAGCGACGAGUGAAUGGAGCAGCACGCAGAUCAUCCAAGGAAGCGAUCUUCCCACCAAUGUGGACUUCCAGUUGUACCCCCAGGAUAGAAUUGUGCCUGCAGGGGGAAGCACCACCUUCUGUUGCAUUGUGGCAGAAGGGCGGUUUUUCGGUUCGAUCCAUUACGGCGACACGGCCAUGAACGCCACGCGGCUGAGUCGGCGGAGUUACAGCAUCACUGUGACUCACCAGGCCCCAUCCAACAGAACGGGGACCAAUGUCAUAUGCCAGGACAGCCUCGAAAAGAACAAACUGUCUGGAGCCGUGGUAUUUGUUGGAUAUCCUCCUCUCCUCAGUGCCUUUCAGUGCGAGACUCGAGAUUUGACUUCAGCCGUGUGCCGGUGGAAAGAAGUGCGAGACACACAACUGUAUGGCAAACGGAGAACAGUCUACUCCCUGAACAACAGGAAAUGUGCUGACGCCUCUCUAGUUGAAAAGCUGUGGAAAUGUAGUGCGGAGCAGUGGGAGGGUAACUGGACGCUGGAAGCUGUGAAUCCUCUGGGCAAGUACAGCGUGUUGGAUUCAGCUGAAAUCCGACACAGAGUACGCCCUGUGGCACCUUCAAAUCUGAGCGCUGUCAUCAAUGCAUGGAAUGCUACCUUACAGUGGAAUUGGGAAUAUGAGAGCUAUACUUCCCUGGCGCUUGUCUGCCAGGUAGAGCUCAGCACUCAUGGCAACAAAACAAAGCGCACCUUCACAGGCGUUGGUCUGAGGGCGGUGUGGCUUUUGGAGCUUUAUCCUGAUGAGGAUUACAUCCUUAAAGUCCGCUGUGGAGCGCAGCAGAAUUUCUGGAAGUGGGGAAACUGGAGCCAACCCCUUUCUAUCAAAACAAAUAUUGAUGUUCCAGAUCAGCCUGAUGUGUGGAUGCACAUCAACAGUGACAACACUGGUCAGAUCAUUUGGAAGCCUCUGACAGCACGAGAAAGCCACGGCCAGAUCACGUCUUUCGAGGUGACGCUGUGGAGCCCCAACGAGAGCCUGCAGCACACUGAAAUGCUUCCUGCCGACACUUUCGUGCUCCCAAUCAACCUCACCCAAAUCAACACCUUCACCAAUGACAACCAGGUCAUGGCAGCUGUUGUUGCCAAGAACGCUGCUGGGCAUUCACUGCCCGCAAAUGUAAUUAUACCUCUACGUGUCGCAGACAAGAGUCCUAUUGUUGAGUCUAAGGUGGUUUAUAUGGACGGAGGUUUCCCCCUGGUCUGGCAGGAAGACGCCAACUCAAGCUGUGGUUAUGUCAUUGAGUGGCAUGAUGGACUCUGCCAGCAAGACUGCUCCGUCGAAUGGGUCAAAUUCACAAUGGGAAACACAAAUGCCACUAUUGAGUCAGCCAACUUCCAGCCUGGUGUGAGGUACAUCAUCUCCUUGUUCAGCUGCUCCUCUGAGCUGCUGCGGCGCUGGCAGGGCUACAUGCAGGAGCAGUCUCCCUCCAGAUCCGUGCCCCACCUGUCAAUCAGUCAGCAGGACUCGGAUGUUCUCUUGACAUGGGGAGCCAUGCCGGAGGUCAGUAGGAGAGGAUACAUCCUGGGCUACAAUGUUUACCUCAGCAAUGACUCCCAACUUGUGCAAUUAGGCAAUCUAUUGGGAGAAGGAAGCAGGAAAUACACAGUUAAGGGUCUCUCCGACGGCUCCUAUAAAUUCACAGUCAAAGCCUACACCUCAGCAGGCGAGGACACAGGUGCCACCAUCUCCAUCACAGUGGAGCUGUUCGCUGAUUGGCUCAUCCUGGAAAUACUGGCAUCUGUGGGAGCUAUAGCAUUAUCGCUUGCCAUUGUCACUUUACUUUGCUAUAAGAAACGAAAAUGGGUAAAGACAGCCUUUUACCCAGACAUACCUCAGCCCAAAUUGGACGACGAUUGGACCAGAACGCAAGGUCCGCUGGAUGUGAGGCCAUCGCACCACAAUCUGGUCCAUGUUGUAGAAAAGCCUGAAUUGGACUCCCUUAAAGAAGUGCUGGUCGUCAUUCCCGAAGAGGAUGAGGAUGAGGAGGAUCAGAUGAUUGGAGAUGAGAAAGUCGACACAGAUGAGCCAGCGUCGUUACGUUACUACAACCCAAUGAUUGAUGAGCGCCCAAUCAGGCCACGCUACCCAGACUCCUCAGACUCUUCUGCAUCUUCAUUGGACUCCGGGCAAACCGAUGUGACUUACACAGGGAUCCAAACUUCAGGGUCAUCUCUGAUCUUCCAGAUAGAUCAACAGGGUUCCUCUGAGGUCGAAAUGGCUGCAAGCAGAGGUGGUUACCGCCCUCAGACGCAACCUGCAGCACCAAGUGACGACUUGCGCCCGGUUCCGCCGCAGUCUUUCCAAGAGCCUCAAGCUGCCUCCUCUGAAGGCUACAAACCCCAAAGCUCUUGGCAUUUGGAGUCGCCUGGAGAAGCUGAGGAGCGGGAUUGUCUGGCACCCUGUUUGGGCUCACCCACCUCAGUGGCUUCCACCCAGUGCCUCCUCCCUGACGGAGGAGGCACUGGGUGGGAGGAGCACGGCGAAGCGAAACGUCCGCUCUCAAGUUCCGCACCGGGCUGGUUCACUAACCUGCUCUCCACUGCAAAACCAUGAUAUCCUCUCAUUAGAAGCUGCCAGGCCAACAGGUUGGCCUAACCCUUUUACAUUCAUUAAUAUUACCAGUGACAUGAAUCAAACUGCAAAAGGCUUCACCCAUCAGGCUAAAACGUAAUAGCUUCAUUUAAUGUAGCAGUUUCUAUUCUGACUAGAAAACAAUAAACAAACAUGAGACUGAAGUGUGAUCCCCUAUUUCCUCAUAUAGUGGCCAGGGGCAUUGAGUUAAUCAUUAUUCUAUAUUAAAAUGUGUACAGCACUGCUUUCUCUCUCAACUCCACUGUAAAUUUCCGCUUUACAGAUGUCUGUGCAGGCAGUGUGUGUUCAUGAUGUCCACCAUGACACAUACACAUAGUGCUUUCAGUCAUAGUAAAUAAAAUAAAUAAAAAGAAAUAAAAAAUCCCUGAGAGCAAAACAUUAGGCAUCAAAAUUGUGUGCAGUGUUGUUUAUUGUUUAAGUAGGAUGACACUGGCAAUGGGAGCGGAGGCCAUUAUUUGAGGAAAUACGGUAUGUGUAUUAGCUUUGUUCAUGACUGUGGGCACUCAGCACUGACAGGAUGUUGUAUUCCACUGUUGCAGCUUUUUGUUUGUAUUUUACUUUUUUUUUGUUUUACUCGUGAUGUGAAUUUAAAAACACUAGAGAAUGAAAGUAAUUUUCAAAUCAAACAUUUACAAAUGUAUUUGUUGAAACACUACAAAAGAACAUCUUGAUUUAUGUUUAGUAUGAGUGAAACAUGUCUGUUGUCUUUUAAGUGGCCCUCUCAUGAGAUGAUCUCCUAUGCACUUUUUCAGUCAUUAUUUUACACACAUUCAGAAGGUGAUUCAUUUUAUACUCUGGAAAUGUCUGGAUGAUGACACUGGUGAUAUAAGCUAGAACAUGAAUUCAAUGUCAUGUUCUGAACAAAGACUAUCAUACUUUUAAUUGUUUACAUUUUUCCUGUUUAAUCUGUAGAUUUUUUUAGUAAAUAUUUUACAGGCCAGUCUUUUUGUUAUUAAUUUCACAUUUAGAAUGUUACCUGCUAGUGAGAGGCUUUCCAUGCAAAUAUUGAGAAUGAACUUUUGGAGUCAGUCAUAGUGUUUGUUUAAUGUAUACUUGUAAUGCUUCCAGUCAUUUGGACCAUGUCACCUUUUACAGACUGCCUUGCUUCGAAAUCAAAUGUUAGGCAUAAUGGAAAAGGACAGUAGCUCAGAACAGAUCAGCAACGUAUGAGACACAGUGAUCCUGGUAAUAGUAUAUUGUUGUUGUUUUUAUAAAGCAUUAGUUUUUAUUUCACUUUGGAGAGCUUUGCUGUCUCCAUAUUCCUCUCGUGUUAUGAUACCUUUCCACAAAUUGUGUUAUGCGCCAAUUAUCUGUUGAUAUUCCUUUGCAUAACAUAUGAUUGGAAUUUUAUGCUAAUUUCAAAGUCAGUUUUCUCAGUGCCUCCAGCCGACAAGCUUUAAGUAAUACUACUGUGACGGGAGUGGUGGGAAGAAUAACAUGGGUGGAAUUGGAUGACUUUGCUGGUCUACUUCUCAGGCAGUCCUCGUUUGACUACUGAGAAAAAUGUCGUCAUAGUCGCAGUGCUAUUCUUGUUUUACAAGAAAUAUCGAUUGACUGGAUUCAAUCCAAAAGCUACAGUGGAGGGUCAAACGACUGUCCAAGCCGGUAUGAGAUCAUAUGAAACAGAGGAUAUAGUUUUGAGGAAUUAAACAUUGCUGCACAUUUUCUCCCUACUUUUAAAGCCUACAUUUUCAAUGAGCCAGGGUAUGUUACUAGAUGUUAUGUUGGUUUGUGUCAACAGAUAUAGUUUUAUACUAAACUAGAUGUGCUGUCCCUUUGCGCUCUUACACAGGACAUAUCAAUGUUUAUGCUUUAACCAACAGAUCUGGAUAUUUGUGUUAAUAAUAGUAAUAUUGCGAUUCUAUCUUCCAAUGGUAGCUUAGUCUGCUUUCCCAGCAUUGUGUCGCAUUGCCAGAUGCUGAUGUGGUCUCGAGUAAAAGCAGAAAUCUGUGCUUUUGUAGAUGACAUCAGGGUUCACUUGCUGCCUUGCACGCCUCACUCUCCCUGAUUUGUAAAUGCAUGUUUAAUACGCCAACACUACAAAAUCACGAUACCCUGUACGGCUUGAGCUCCUAUGGCUUUAAAAACUAACACUGACUAAUGCUGCGCAUGACUAAAUGUGCACCUAUGAAUGCUGCUUUAACUUUUAAGAUCUUUCAGAGAAUAUUAUUGUCAUUAUUGUCAUUACUGAUGAUGAGGGAAAUAAGCGGAUAUGACAAGAAAUUGUGGAUUUCUUUUGAACCAAUGCUGAAUGUUAACAGUAAUAUCAAAGUGAAAUGUUACUCGUAAAACCAAUAAAAAACUAAUUUGUCUGGCUA